AUGCUCACUUCAUCAACUAUUGUCACUUUUAUCAAAACCGUCAGUGAAAUCUCAGCAUCGUCUAUGAAAAGAAAGUUCGCAGUCGUUGUGACAGUGAGCACUGGUUCAAUGUAUCCUAUUUAUCAUUUAAACUUCCAGGCGUGGAAGACAUCAGGAACAGGGAAGAACGUUCAUAGAAAGUAUAAAACUCUCUCGCGAGCAAACAAAUACGCCAAUAAUUUACAAGUUUCUGCAAUGUAUACGAAGGAAAUUGCAUGA